AUGAUGCCACCCUCAAGUCGAUACCGACUCCAUGCCACUCUAACAGGCCCGCAAGAUGCCGUACUCUCUAUAUCAUUCUCUGUCAAUUCUAGAUUCCUGGCCUGUACAGGGUAUGACGGGGUUAGCAUUUGGGACAUGGAGACGAUGAGAGCCGUAGGAAUACCCUUCAGGUUCGUCUCUGUCUCGGGGAUCGACGCAAAACGCAUACCAAGUUCAUCGACCUGGGUCUAUUUCGAGAAUAUCAAACGACAUGUAAUCCUCCUGGGAGGCAUACACGGUGACUUGAAUGCGUGGUCGUGGAAUGAUUCCAAAGGGGUCUUUGAGCACCUGAAGCACGCUGUACCUAGCCACACCACACAGCAAGUCCUAUCUUUACACGCAUAUGAAGCUCAAAUCAGUCCCGGAGCCCUUGCACAUAUUGCUGUAGGCUGUUAUGACGAAACCGUGACGAUUUGGAAGCUGUCAUCUGUAGGAAAUUUCUCCAAAGUCUUUUCAGUCUCUCUCGAGCCCAAUUUCAUUCCUCGCACGGUCCAAUUCGACCGCUCCCGCAACAUCUAUGCGUUUUCCAUGACGGGACAAAUUGCAUUGCUUCAUAAAAAGAAUGGGGUCUGCAAAUGGAAAAAGCAAGCGCCCCUCGAGAGGCUGGGCAGUGCCAUCCUUGACGAAACGGGUGGUGUGCUGAUUGUACACACCGGAAGCGAUAUCAAGGCCUUGUCCUCCUCCGACUUCAAGCACCUGAAAACGUUUAAGCCCAGUGCCCCCGUCAUCAUACAUUAUCCCAAACAACUCGCAUUUCUCGAAGAUCAGAAGUGCAUUGUCGCUGGCUCCGACUCUGGCCAUGCGGCCGUGUACAGGGUUGAGAAUGGCGAGCUGGAACAGACUCUUGCUUAUCCGAAAGGGGGGCUUGUCCAAGCAGUAGCUGGGUCUGCUGACAGCAAGUGGGAUUAUGUGGCCAUAGUAGGCACAACUGCCGGUCAGGACGCUAACGUGCUCCUGUUCCGCAAGAAGCGGAAAUCAUCUUUCACCUCAGCUGAAAUAUUUUUGACUCGGUGGAACUUGAUUUUCAUGUUAAUUGUCAUUUACGCUGCGUACUUAUACCGCCCAACUGCCUUGAACUGGUAUUAUAAUAAAACAGAUCCCGCCUCGUCCUCUCCGUCCAAAGAAUCCCACAACUUUCCAUCCGAAUUCAUCCACACUCCACGUCCACAAAGGUUGUAUGAUAAGGCGAACGAUCUCGACUCUCCCUCACAACAUCACGAUCUGUAUGAUUCGAUGAGGGAUCUCGACUAUCUCUCUCAGCGUCACGAUCCUUAUGAAACGUUGAGAGAUCUCGAUUACUAUUCUUCGCAACCUCCCGGUCGCAACAAUUGUGAUGCGGACAGGCAUAUUUACCGCCGUCACGGUCUCAACGAUCGUGAUGCGGACAAGGAUUUUUUCCGCAGGAGUUUGGAAGAACGGGAUGAUCGUCAGUUUACCAACCCGGAGACGAAUCAGCAACGAAACUCCCGUCAGGCACGGGCUCUCCAAUCUCGUUCAGUCAAACAACAUGGCGUACCGCGGGAUUCUCUCUAUGACACUCGGCGUGAAGACACCCUUCACGGUGGAUACAGUGACCGCGUUGCCAGCGGUCGAGCCCGGGAUCCUGUGGUGAGACAAGUCAAAGUUGUCGACGAACAACGCAGAAACGCUCAUUCCUCUGACAGUGAGUCUGCUCAGAGUCAGGACCAGUUUGAAUCCAAAGGCGUGGCAAAGACUUUCUCUGGUAGCAGCGAAGGAGGUGAUUUUGUUGACGGUGAAGUGGUUCGACAUCGAGAUGCUGACCACGGGGAAGUCCACCCACAGUCCGAGAAAGAGUCGAAGCCUGAUCUAGCUGUGCCCAAAUAG